UAGCUCAGUCUAGGUGGUCGGUGAAGGUUCGCUGUGCACGGGGGCAAGAUUUUGUGGUUUCUCUGUGCUCAAGUUCUGUUGCUGUGCUGUCUUCGGGAUGCCUUUCACUGAUGGAUACCAAUUUCCAAGUGAUAACGAGUUAAAUGUUGAAGAAGUCAACAUCUCGACGCCCGCACUACGUGCGGGAGCUUACUAUUUUGGAAAAUACUGCGAAGAGCCAAGCAAGGAGUUUAUGCUUUGCCGGAAAGAGGAGAGGGAUCCACGCAAGUGUCUCGCUGAAGGCAGGGAAGUGACCAAGUGCGCCCUCGAGUUCUUCCGCAAGGCGAAGAAAGCCUGCCGACAGCAGUAUGACGACUAUGCACACUGCCUCGAGUGGAGCAGCAGUGACAUGCACUACCACCACUGCCGGAAAACCCAGGCCGCAUUGGAUGGCUGCAUGCUUGACCAACUGGGCAUUGAACGGCCGCACCUUGGGUACUUUUCAAUGCCUCGUGUUCACCACACUGAGCGGCCAAGACCGGAAAAGGGUUACCGUGACAACUACCCUCAGACACCGAAAUUGGAGGACGACUUUCCCAAACCCCCUGCAAAGCACGGCACACGGUCUAUCAUUUCAUAACCGUUGGAGGUACAUUGUAGCACACUUGCAAUAGAUCUUCAACAGUGUUACUCGCAGAUAGCUGUAGAAAAUAUGGAUAAAAAGCUUCUUCAGUUUGAA